AAAUGAUCAGCUACAUACUCUGCUGGAGGCACCGACUCGCAAGCAAAGCUCCAUCUCCCAACACACGAGAAGUAGAGCGCGCGAGGGAGAGAACAUGUCAACCCAAGAAACAGGCAACAUCCCGCUUUCGCACGCCCCGGACGGGACCGGAUACAAACUCAUGGAGCUGCCGCCCGAGCUGCUCGAGCUGCUCGAAAGCCAAGACCCUCCCACUCUCACCUUGCACCCGUCACCGACCGCUGCCCUCCUCAAGACCCCGUCCAGCACCUACUCUCUCCGCCAAAAAAAUACCUCCAACGCCCUCAUCCUGUUGGCGCCCUCCAGCGCCAGCAGCGGCGGCGAGAGUGCCGACGACGGGCGCCCUCCGGCAGCGGUCGGAUUGAACGCCAUCGCCACCCUCCACGAGACCAUCGAGCUCGUGCCCGAGGAGGGCAACACGGCCACGCCGGCGCCCAAGGCGAGGGGAAAGUGGCAUGAGAAGUUUGGCCGGGGUCGCUGACUGACUCUUUGCUUGAAACUAUGCUACUACUCACCUCGCGGACACUGCGAGGCGGGACGGGGAUUGUUGAAUCGACUUAAUUACGAUUACGAUGGUAGUUCAUUUCAUGCAUUGGCUUAUCAUAGCAUACGACAUAUCGCCACGAACUGCACCAUCAUCACAGGUCAUCUGCAUAUUUAUAUCGUGAAAAUUCCAGUCAAUCUCACACUGCGCGAGACUCUGCGAUCCCUGUUGCUAAUUACCCUACCACCCGUCGCAUCCUCUUAUAACUUUGGCCUACCAGUUAGGCCGCCGAAUACGUGUGAAUGCGAACGCCCCAUCCCCC